GGGCACUGGAUGACCUUAAAUUCAAACUUACUAACCGCGGUGUUUCGGAGUUGCGUUCAGAAUGGAGGUUACGUGUAUUUUGACAGAUCCGGAUGGUUCCCAUCAAGAAAAGGAUGAAAGUCACGGUGAUGUAUCUAAACAUGAGUCUGAGGAUAACGUCUCUGUUUCUGAAGAAGAGACUAAACAACCUGAACCAAUAAAUGGGCAUGAGGUGGAUACUAGUGAGAAAAGACAGCGUAAAAAGGUUCAACGUUUAUCCGAGACGUGGAAUCGGGCUCACGAAGCUAAAGAAAAAGAACGUGUUAAAGCAGUGCAAGCUGUUUCAGCAGCAUUCGAAGGAGCCAGUGGGACAGCACUAGGAGAAAUUCCACUUAUCGAGGCUACUAUCCGAAAAGUAAAACCUGUUGAUCUCAAAGUGUUGCAUUUAAUAAUAUACGGGAGACCGGGGUCUAUGAGUGAAAUACGCAGUAAUCUACGAAAAUUUCGUGGUUUUGGAUUUGAGCUGGGUUCUGAACAGUACGAGAAAAAGUCAACAUACAUCCAACAACGUUCUUCUUCUGAUCUACGUGAAACUCUGCGCAUAUUAAAUUUGGAAGUCACUGGAAGUCGGGAGCAGUUAGCCUCUCGUUUGCUAGAAUUUUUACUGAAACCCACUGCUAGUUCUGUUAAGUAUAAAGGUAAAAUUGUCAAAAAGCACGGAAGAAAAAGUAAAUCCAAGGGAGAAAGUACUACUAAGAAGCGAAAACCAAGGUCUCUCAAGAAGAAUGCUCUCUCAAAUGAACCCAGCAUCGAUAAUUCCAGUCACCAAGAUUUUGAUGAACCUAGCAUAUCCUCUGAAUCGAAUGACUCCGUAAGUGAUGUGUCUAGUGAGGCUGAGUCAGUCAAAAAGAAGACACUAAAGAAGCGUGCUAAAAAGACUCCACAGCAGAAAACCACCAAGCCUAGUUCUAAACGUGCAAAGAAAGCUGAGUUAACUGAUACAGAGGGUGACAGUGGUGAUAAUGAGCCCGUUCCCGCUAAAGUGAAGAAAGUUGAAUCAAAGAAAAAAGUGCUCGACUCCGAUGAAGAAGAUGCUCCUUUGGCUACCUUUGCAUCUUCAAAAGCACUUCCUCCAACCGAUUCUGAGUUGAAGAAGCACAUUGUCGAUUUGCUUCAAACAGUUAAUUUGGAAGAGACUUCUCUUAAAGUUGUUCGCGAAAAAGUGUUUGCAAACUAUCCUAAUGUUGAUUUGUCUGAUCGGAAAGAGUUCAUUAAUUCUACUGUCAAAGAGUUCCUGGCUCAGUCUUAAUUCUCUUUUAUACUGGAUAAUGAUGAUGAUCGCGUUGGUGGUGGAAUGUUCGCCGGUGUUUUAUAUAUUCAGAAAGCAUCAUUACCAUUGUCUACGUUUGUUGUUUAUUAUUUUUUAAAUGUUGGGCAGCUAGCUAAACCAUAUUUCUCAUCGAUGAUAAACAUUCAGCAUUCAACUAUUUUGCACGGAACUGAGAGAAAGGGAGGUGUAUUCGCACAAACAGUCAGUUACUGACUGCUACUUUCCUUUCCUUUACUUAUAUACGUAUGCAUAACGUAUACAUACAUAUUUUUACUUCCCAUUCACAACAUAUUUAUAUAUUUUAUAUACUCCUAUUUAAAUUGGUUUUAAUCACUGUAAGCAUACUUUGAGUGUUAUAGUUGUGCAGAUAUUUUGGCUAAAAGGAAAAUGAUUAGUUUUCACUAAUCAUAUUUUAUUGUAAAUUGUUUUUUUCUUUUUUCACUAAUGAGGAAAUCUGAAAAAAUGCAUUUCAUUUCAUCUCAUUUUUUGCUACUCUUCAUGGUCAUGUUUAUUCGUCCAACAGAGAUUGCUCUUUGUCGUAUUAUAAUUUCUCUAUACACUCACCAUAACCUUUUAUCCUCUUUGUGUGUGUGUGUGUGUGUGUGUGUGUGUGUGUGUGUGUGUGUGUAAAUGUUUUUUCACAUAUACGCAUAUUUAUGCAUACAGGUCAUAUCUCAUCUAAUCUAAUAAAGAUCCUUCUUUAUUAUUAAAGAAGAACUCACUUUUAAUGCCUGUUUUUACUCCUUAUUAUUACUAUUACUGUUAUUGGUAACAUAAUACUGAUUAUUGUUAUAAGUAAACUG